AUGAAUGUAACUCAUGAUGGCAGAGCCAUCAUAAUUGAUGGAGUACACAGAGUUUUAAUUUCUGGUUCAAUUCAUUAUCCAAGAAGCACAGCACAGAUGUGGCCAGAUCUCAUUAGAAAAGCCAAAGAAGGUGGAUUGGAUACAAUUGAAACCUAUGUAUUUUGGAAUGCUCACGAACCAGUUCGUCGUCAAUAUGAUUUUAAUGGAAAUCUUGAUCUCGUUCGAUUUAUUAAAACCAUUCAAGAUGAAAGAUUAUAUGCAGUACUUCGAAUUGGACCUUAUGUUUGUGCUGAGUGGAAUUAUGGGGGUUUUCCUGUAUGGUUGCACAAUAUGCCUGGAGUUUCAUUUCGAACUAAUAACGAUGUGUACAUGAACGAGAUGCAAAAUUUUACAACUUUGAUAGUUGAUAUGAUGAAAAAAGAGAAUCUCUUUGCAUCACAAGGAGGUCCAAUUAUUCUUGCUCAGAAUAAUUGGACCUCCUUGUGA